AUGUCUCCAACCAAAUCUCGAGACGCAAUAGAGCCCCCUGGCGAGCCUUCAAGCUCUAUCCACACCCUAUCCUUCCACCUAGUCCUCCUAAGCAUCUACUUUUCCUUCUUCCUGAUCGCCCUCGACCGCAUGAUAAUCGCGACAGCCAUCCCCUCCAUCACAAACACCUUCGCCAGCAUCGCGGACAUUGGGUGGUACGGCAGCGCCUACAUGCUCACGUGCGCGAUAUUCAUGCCCUUGUUUGGAUCCAUAUACCGAUUUUACGAUGUCAAGACGGUUUUCAUGGCUAGUGUCGCCGUGUUUGAAGUGGGCAGUGCGGUGUGUGGUGCUGCGCCGACGAGUGAGGGAUUUAUUGUGGGCAGGGCGAUCGCGGGGAUUGGAGCUGCUGGUAUUAAUGUCGGUGCGAUUAUGAUUGUGGUAAAUCUUGUGCCGCUGCAUAAGAGACCGGUCUUCACGUCGUUUUUUGGCAUGGCGUUUGGGGUAAGCUCGGUGCUGGGGCCGAUCAUUGGGGGUAUAUUCACGGAUGCCAAGUGCUUCUACAUCAACCUACCCAUCGGAGCCUUCACGCUGCUGGUCAUCUUCUUUUUCUUGAAAUCGCCACCAUCACCGCCGGAGAAGCAAGCAGCUGCGUCGCUGACACUUCUCGAGAAGGCGAAGCGUCUCGACCCGCUCGGACUGCUGUUCCUCGUACCGAGCAUUGUCUGCCUGAUCCUCGCUCUGCAAUGGGGCGGUACAAAAUAUGCCUGGUCGUCUGGACGGGUCGUUGCACUCCUUGUCGUCUUCUCGCUGACAUUCCUCGGCUUCCUGUUCGUGGAGUACAAGUUCCCCGACACUGCCAUGGCGCCUGCGCGGGUGGUCCUGAACCGUAGCGUCGGCUCUAGCCUCUUCUUCACAUUUAUGGCUAGUGGCGGCAUGAUGUGCGCCGUGUACUACCUCUCCAUCUGGUUCCAGGCCGCGCAAGGCCAAAGUGCAAUGGAAGCCGGCAUACGUACCAUUCCGAUGGUUAUCGCCAUCGUGAUCAUGGGUAUUAUCAUGGGUGUUGUGGUCCAGAAGAUUGGCUACUACGUUCCUCCUCUACUCAUUGCGCCUAUCCUCGCCGCGGUGGGCAGUGGCAUGAUGUCGACGCUCACGCCGGGUUCAAGUCGUGCAGAGUGGAUUGGAUAUCAAGUUAUAUAUGGUCUUGGAGUUGGCUCGGGCGCGCAGAGCGCUUCACUGGCUGCGCAGACUGUCCUGUCGCGUGAAGAUGUCCCACUCGGCACUGCAAUGAGUUUCUUCAUGCAGCAGAUUGGCGGCGCGAUUUUCGUUCCUGUUGGCCAGAAUCUGUUUUCCACGCAGCUCCUGGGGCAUCUGUCCGGCGUCGAUGGCUUGGACACGGAGAUGAUUCUCAACACAGGCGCAACGGAUCUGAAGAAGGUGGUUUCGGCAGGUCAGUUGGGAAUUGUGGUGGAUGCAUACAGCUUCGCUUGCACGAGGGUCUUUGUUCUGGCCGCUGCCCUGAGUGCCAUGAUGAUGAUUGGCGCAUUGGGUGUGGAGUGGAAGAGCAUUAAGAAAGGAAAGACUGAGGUCAACAAGGGAGAUGAGGAGAAAGUUGGCAAAGAGGCGUCACAUUCACUCUCCAAGCAAUUGGUGCCAUCCAGCAUGGCGUCGACUGGAGAUGCUUACCUCAUCCUUCCUGGGUCGUCGGCCCAUUCCGACUUCCGGCUGCAGCGAUUGGCGCAGGACAUUGGCGCAAAGGAAGUGCGCUCGCUGUGGGUGCAUUUUGUGAACCCGCUGAGAGAGCUGAGCGCGGACGAGGUCAAGACACUGCAGCAGAUUCUGCACUAUGGCGAGUACCCGAGCGCCCAGGACCGCCUCUCGCAGGUGCUGCUCGACGCCCUCAACCGCGCCGACACCCCCCGCGACGACGCCACGGUGCUCUUCUACGUGUGCCCGCGUGCCGGCACCAUUUCGCCAUGGAGCUCGCUGGCGUCGAUGAUCGCGCGCACCUGCACCCUCGAGACGGCCGUGAAGCGCAUCGAGCGCGGCAUGGUCAUCGCCGCCACCUUCGACACGCCCCUCGCCGCCGACGACAUCCCCAACCGCGACAAGCUGCACGACCGCAUGACGCAGACCAUCUCCCGCAGUGCCCCGGACCUCGAGGACAUCUUUGGCGAGGGCGAGCCCGCGCAGGCGACGACGAUCAAGUUUGAGGAAUACAACGGCGCCCAUGCUGCCCUCGACCACGCAAACCGGCAGCUGGGCCUGGCCAUGGACAAGUCGGAGAUCGAGUACCUGGUCGAGGCCUACCAGCACGAGCUGAAGCGGGGGCCCGUCGACGUCGAGCUGUUCAUGUUUGCCCAGGUCAACUCGGAGCACUGUCGGCACAAGCAGUUCAACGCCGACUUCACCAUUGACGGCAUGCGCAAGUCGCACUCGCUCUUCGGAAUGAUCCGGAACACGCACCAGAAGCACCCGGAGCACGUCGUGAGCGCAUACAGCGACAACGCGGCGGUGCUCCAGGGCGAGGAGGCCAGCUUCUGGGCUCCCAGCAACCUGACGGGCGAGUGGAGCGGCACCAAGGAGACGGUCCACAUCCUGUGCAAGGUCGAGACACACAACCACCCGACGGCCGUCUCUCCGUUCCCGGGUGCAGCCACCGGAUCGGGUGGUGAGAUCAGGGACGAGGGCGCUGUUGGCCGUGGCUCAAAGCCCAAGGCGGGUCUGGCAGGCUUUACCGUCUCCGACCUGCUCGUCCCGGGCUUCGAGCGCCCGUGGGAGAUGCGCGACGUCGGAAAGCCCGCGCACAUUGCCAGCAGUCUGGACAUCAUGCUCGAAGCGCCCAUUGGCAGUGCCUCGUUCAACAACGAAUUUGGCCGCCCUUGCACCAUCGGCUACUUCCGCACGAUGCUGAUGCGCGUCUUCACCAACGAGAAAGAGACGGAGAUCCGCGGCUACCACAAGCCCAUCAUGCUGGCAGGCGGUGUGGGUACGGUCAGACCGCAGCAUGCGCUCAAGGACCCCGACAUUGUGCCCGCCGGUUCGCAUCUCCUCGUCAUUGGCGGACCUGCCAUGCUUAUCGGUCUUGGUGGAGGUGCCGCUUCGAGUGUGCAGUCUGGCGAGGGCAACGUCGACCUGGACUUCGCCAGUGUGCAAAGAGGCAACCCAGAAGUCCAGCGACGAGCGCAAGAGGUCAUCGACACAUGUCGCUCCAUGGGUGACAAGAACCCCAUCCUGUUCAUCCAUGAUGUUGGCGCAGGUGGUCUGUCCAACGCACUGCCCGAGCUUGUGCACGACUCUGGCCUCGGAGCCAUCUUCGACUUGCGCGAGGUUGACAACGCGGACAAGGGCAUGAGCCCGCUACAGAUCUGGUGCUGCGAGGCGCAAGAGCGCUAUGUGCUCGCAGUCGGUCCUGGUGAGCUUGAUCUGUUCAAGCGCAUCUGUCAGCGCGAGCGUUGCGGUUACUCUGUCGUCGGUGUGGCAACGGAUGAGCAGCGACUGGUUCUCAAGGACAGCAACUCCACAGAGACGCCAAAGCCGAUCGACCUUCCCAUGUCGACACUUUUUGGAAAGCCGCCAAAGAUGUCGCGCAUCGUGGAGUCCAGGAAACUUCGACUGCCUGCUUUCGAUAGCAGCCUGUCAAUGUAUAUCCCCGAUACUCCCAAGGAUGGCCUGGUCGCUGAAGCCGUUGACCGUGUUAUGACCCUACCCUCCGUUGGCUCAAAGAGCUUCCUCAUCACCAUUGGUGACCGGACAGUUGGCGGUCUUACCGUGCGUGACCAGAUGGUCGGGCCAUGGCAGACACCAGUAGCAGAUGUAUCGGUAACAGCUACAUCACUAUUGGCUGGCGUAAAGACCGGUGAAGCAAUGGCCAUGGGCGAGAAGCCUACGCUGGCAUUAAUCUCGCCUGCAGCAUCCGCGAGAAUGGCCGUCGUGGAGUCUCUCAUGAACAUUGCUGCAGCCAGCUUGUUCGACCGUCUUUCUCGGGUACGAUUGUCGGCAAACUGGAUGUCUGCCAGUAGUCACCCUGGUGAAGGUGCUGCGCUAUACGAAGCCGUCGAGGCGAUCGGCAUGGACUUGUGCCCACGACUUGGCAUAUCGAUCCCGGUAGGAAAGGACUCCAUGAGCAUGAAGAUGAAAUGGUCCGACGACGGCAAGGCAAAGGAGGUCACUGCCCCAAUGUCGCUCAUCAUUACUGCAUUCGCACCCGUUGACCGCAUCGAUCGAACAUGGACGCCUGCACUCGAGCGUCUAGAGGACGUUGGUGAGACCAUUCUCAUGUUUGUCGACCUGGCUGCGGGCAAGAAGAACCUUGGUGGUUCCGCGCUCGCGCAAACGUUUGGCCAGGUCGGCGAUGAAGCGCCAGAUGUCUACGACGCAGAUGUCAUCAAGGACUACUUCGAUGCCAUCGAGCAGCUUCAUGAGUCUGGUAUUGUGCUCGCAUAUCACGACAGGUCAGAUGGUGGAUUGUUCACCACCCUUGUCGAGAUGAUGUUCGCCGGACGAUGUGGCUUGGAGAUCAUGCUUGAUGGUGUAGCCAACUCAAGUGAGCCGAAGGAUGUGCUUGAGGGACUCUUCAACGAAGAGCUUGGUGCGGUCUUCCAGGUCAGGAAAAAGGACGAAGUCGCCUUUAACCGCUGUUUCGCCACAUGCGGGCCGCCACCAGGCAUGCUCCGCAAGAUUGGUCGCGUGCCCGAGGUUCCGAAGCAGGAGAUAUCGAUUGCUGUCGGCUCCAAGGUCGUGUACCGCAACAGCCGUCAAAAGCUGCAGCAACGUUGGGCAGAGACUUCCUACAGGCUGCAGAAGCUCCGAGACAACCCAGCUUGCGCCGACGCCGAGUAUGAGAGUCUACUGGACGACAAAGACCCUGGUCUCUCGUACAACCUCACCUACAAGCCGGCUGAGAACAUUCUGCCGCUCAAGAUGACCCUGACCUCCCCUUUUACGUCCAAGCCUCGCGUCGCUAUUCUACGAGAGGAAGGUGUGAACGGUCAAGCGGAGAUGGCUUUCGCCUUCCAUCAAGCUGGCUUCUCCGCCAUCGACGUUCACAUGACUGACAUCAUUUCGAACCGCGUCUCGCUCGCCAGCUUUGUCGGUCUCGCAGCAUGCGGUGGCUUCUCGUACGGCGACGUCCUGGGCGCUGGUCAAGGCUGGGCGAAGUCCGUCCUGCUCCACCCUAACACACGCAAAGAAUUCCAGGCAUUCUUUGAGCGCCCCGACACCUUCGCCCUUGGCGUGUGUAACGGUUGCCAGUUCAUGAGCAAGCUGAAGGAGCUCAUCCCCGGCGCUGAGCUGUGGCCAAGCUUCGAGCGCAACAUCAGCGAGCAGUACGAGGCUCGCGUUUGCAUGGUUGAAGUCAUCGACCCGACAGGCCCCAACACGUCGCCAUCCGUCUUUUUACACGGAAUGCAUGGCUCCAAGCUCCCCAUCGUCACUGCUCACGGCGAAGGUCAAGCAUAUUUCCCCAAAUCUUCUACAUCUUCAUCGACGCCGCAGACCAUGUACAACGAGAACCUCGUCAGUAUGCGAUUCGUCGACAACUACGGCACGCAGACCGAACAAUACCCAUACAACCCCAACGGAUCGCCGAUGGGUAUCACGGGCGUGAGGAGCACAAGCGGAAGGGUGUUGGCGAUGAUGCCGCAUCCCGAGCGCACCAUCUUGAGGGAAGUCGCGAGCUAUAUUCCUCGCGGCGCCAUGGACGAAUGGGGCGACCUUGGGCCGUGGAGCAGGAUGUUCAAGAGCGCAAGAAAAUGGGUUGGGUAG